GAUUGUUGUAGCUUACGUUCAUGUGCGCGGUAAUCGAUUCCGCGCAGCAUUUAUAGAGUUAUCGUUAAAAUAAUGUACGAAGGAAAGAAAGCUGGUUAUUAGGCCGGUAGUAGGUCAAUGGUACGUCGGUUAGCGAGAAACUGGCUGCUGACGUAGCAUCAGACGAGUGUUGAGUACGGAGCGUCGGCAUCACUGGAGGGGGCAUCAGUUCAGUCUGUACCAGCGACGCGUCGCGACACUCGCGCUCACCUUGAUCGUGAAAGUUAUUGCCACCGCACAUAUCACAACAAUGGGCACUAAACGCGAAAACGUCGGCAUUUUAGCUAUGGAAUUAUACGUACCGUCGCAGUACGUAGACCAAACAGAACUGGAAAAAUUCGACAACGUGUCCGCCGGUAAAUAUACUACAGGACUCGGUCAGCAAAAAAUGGCUUUCUGCUCUGAUAGGGAAGACAUAAAUUCUAUAUGCCUCACGGUUUUACAACGGCUCAUUGAGAGAAACAACUUGAAUCUGCAUGAUAUAGGUCGCUUAGAGGUUGGUACUGAAACCAUAAUUGAUAAGAGUAAAAGUGUUAAAACUUUUCUUAUGAGCUUGUUUGAGAAGGAGGGUGCCACUGAUAUUGAAGGUAUUGAUACAACAAAUGCCUGUUACGGUGGUACAGCUGCUCUUUUUAAUGCCAUCAAUUGGGUGGAAUCUUCUUCAUGGGAUGGGAGGAACGCUAUAGUGAUAGCUGGUGAUGUGGCUGUGUAUAACAAAGGGCCUGCGAGACCUACGGGAGGGGCUGGAGCUGUAGCAAUGCUGAUUGGACCUGAUGCACCUUUAGUAUUUGACUGUGGAGUACGAGCAUCAUACAUGAGGCAUGUUUUUGACUUUUACAAGCCAGAUCUAUCAUCAGAGUUCCCCUACUUAGAUGGGAAAUUAUCAAUUGAAUGCUAUCUUAGUGCUUUAGAUAAUUGUUAUAAUUUGUUUUGUAAGAAAAUGCAAAAAGUUGACACAAAUUUUAAGGGUUUGUUGAGCUUAGAUGGUAUGUUGUUCCAUACCCCAUACUGCAAAUUAGUGCAGAAGUCACUAGCAAGGUUGUGCUUUAAUGAUUUCUUAAAUGCAUCUAAGGAAGUACGUGAGAAGAACUUUUCUGGAUUACUAGAAUUUAGCAAUCACAAAAGGGAAGAGACAUACUUUGACCGUGACUUAGAAAAAGCUUUUAUGAAGCAUAGUCAGGAUUUAUUCAAUGAAAAAACUAAACCGUCUCUUCAUGUAGCUACAAAUAUUGGUAACAUGUACACUGCAUCUUUAUAUGGAGGCCUUGCAUCAUAUCUCAUCAGUAAGUCACCUGAUCAACUGAUUGGGAAGAAGUUUGCUCUGUUUUCCUAUGGAUCUGGGCUUGCAUCAACUAUGUACUCCAUAAACAUUUGUAAAGACAUGAGUGUAGGUUCUAAGUUGGAGAAAUUGAUAAAUUCGCUUCACGAAUCUGUGUCUAUGUUAGACAAAAGACAUGUUGUUGAACCUAGUAAAUUUUCAGAAUUAAUGGAUAUACGGACCAAGAAUUAUCAUACAGCUCCCUAUGAACCGUCUGGGUCUUUAGAUUCAUUGUUCCCUGGUACAUACUACCUCGUUAAAAUAGAUGACCAAAGGAGGCGUACAUAUGACAGGAGAUUGUAAGCUUUUAUUUAUUGUACUGUUGUUAGAUUACCUCGAAUAUCAUGGCAAACUUUUAAAAUUGUUUAAUUUAUUUUUGAAAAGACAGAUAAAAAACUAUAAAGUGUUCUAUGAGUUACUGGGACUCUUGUAUUUAAGUCGAAUUUACUGUGUUUUUUCACUGACCAAAAGUAGUUAAAUCUUGUUUUUAAACUUGUAUUUAUGUUUUAAAGUUUUAAUGGUUACAACUAGAUUAAGUAUGCACUUCAUAUUUCUUCCUAACUGUUGGUUGCGAAAAAGACUUUUAACCUUCUAAGAAUGGUCCACCUAUAAUUUUAUAAAAAGGGGUUUGUAAUCUCAUUGUUUAGUAUAGGUUAUGUGACAAUGUGUUACAAAAAUUUCACAAUAGGUUUACAACUAGGUUUACAACAUGUAUCAAAUAUAUAAUUUAUUGCCAAAUUGCAUAUUUUGCCAAAAAUAAAAAAAACCACAUUUGUAGUCUCAAUUUAUAAAUUAUGAAAUACAUCCUUAAUGUAAAGUUAUAUUUUAGGGGCCACAUCUAAAUAUCUACACUGUGUGAAAAUUCCUCCUUGAAAAUCGUAACUUACUCCAUUUAUGUAGUGUCAAAUUUUUUUUUGUUUAAUUGAAAUGGUAAUCAAUUGUGAUUUACGGUGUUAUUUCUUAUUUCAAUUCAUUUACAAAGUAGACAUCUAGACUAACUCGGUCCAUCAUUGAUCUGGCUUAGGCAAAACGUUAAACGUUUUUUUAUGGGGUAUUUUUUAUUUUUUUUGUGAUAUUUUUACGUCAGAACGCUUCACGUUAAAGCGUGGCCACAAACUCACACUUAAAAACAUAUUUAGUAUAGCAAAGCCGAUGCGUGUCAAUUCUUGACUCUCAACCCCUUUUUGGUUUCAAGCGUAAUAAUGGUCUUGUUUUGUGGUGAAAACAUAUCCAAUUUACAACCCAUAUUUAAUAAAUAACAUAGAUAGGCUUAGAUGUGUAUUUUUAUUGUGGUUUUACCAUGACUGUGUAGUUAACCCGUUAUUAUGUUUGGAAAAAGAUAUUUAUUGUUUUUAAGUAAGAACAUAUAGUUUAUACUUGGUUGUACGAUCUGGUAUUUAAAUAUUUAUUUAAUUAAAAAGUGUGCAAUGGUUAUGUUGUUGUGUCAUUGAAUUCCAUUGGAUGAAAAAUGCAGGUAACUGUAUCAUCAAUAUCGUUAUCACCAUCAUCAUCAACCCCUUACACGUCCCACUGUUGGGCACAGGUUUCCUUUAAAGGGACCUCCCUAUAAAGGGUCCAAAUACCUGGACCGCUAAACUGGCUUAAAAUAAGUAAUUACCAUUUUACUUAUUAAGUAUGUAACUACCCCGUUUAAAAAAUUACCAUAUUGACAUUGAUUUUUGUUCCAUCAUCAUAACUUUUUCAUAAACGACCCUAUACUUGUUUAGUUGCUGUUAAAAGUUACAGACAGGAUUAAAUACGCUUUAAAUCUAUAGAGUUUUUACUUGAACACCUACCUACCUUGUUCAUAAAUAUUCCUCUUUUGACG